CACACCUUAACGUAGUUCGCGCACUUCCUUCCCACAACAGAAAGAGAGCGGGGAAAUUUGACAGACAUCGAUUAUUGCUUCAAAGUUACAUGUACUUGUUUUGUACAUUACAAAAAAAGGUAGCGUAUGCCAAUUUGUUUCAUUAAAACAUUAUCGAUCUAACUUACCGUCUCAUCCAAAAUGAGAACUUUAGAGGAGGUUCAGGCAACUCUGCAGAUCGCCAAGCUGAAUGAUGAAGAUCUACAGAAAACAAUUCACUGUCUGUCUUUUGGGGAAAACGUUUCAUCGGCAGACUACUGCCUCAUGGAGCUGGACGACACACUGUGCAAACACAUAGAAGCUGGGCAAAGUCUAGUGAUUCGAGGGGAUGCAGAUGAGCGUGCAGUGCUCUGUAGCGGUGACAAGACCUACGAUCUAAAAAUAGCCGAUACAUCCAACAUGCUGCUGUUUGUACCUGAAUGCAGAACACCAGACCAACUCACCAACAGCCAGGAAAGCUCUCACGUGGUGCACACUAAGAUCUGGGGAUUUAGUAACAGCUACUGGGAACUGAGGAAACAGCGCCCUAAACUGAAGAAACUGAGGAAGGUUUUAAUGGAGAAUCCUUAUGAAGGACCUGCUUUAGGGGGGCAGGAGGAGAAUACCGAAAACAGGUACACAAUACAAGAUCUGUUGGAGACAAUCCAGGCCAGUGAAGAGGAGCUGAAGACCAAUUUAGAAACCAUCCAUGCCUGUCAGAUAGACGGCUACUGGCGCAUGCUGGACUUUGACUACGAGAUGAAGCUGCUCAGUCAUGUGACUCAGCUGGUCGAUUCAGAGUCCUGGUCUUUCAACAAGGUUCCCCUUCAAACCAGUCUGGAAGAGUUAGCUCCACUGGAGCCCAAAGAGAUGAUCGAGCACUGUUUAAACUGCUAUGGGAAACGCUAUUCUGAAAACGACAAAGUUUUUUAUGCACUGCAUGAGGAUAAAGUAUGUCGGGGCACGGCCCUACUGCUGCUGCAGAACGCAGUCAAGUUCAACCUGAGGGAGUUUCAGGAAGUCUGGCAGCAGAGCGUCCCAGAGGGCAUGAGCACAAGACUGGACCAGCUAAAGAGCGUCGCCCUGGUGGACCGUAAUUCCCGUCCAGAGACCAUCAGUCUGCUGCGGGUGGAGGAUCUCUCAGAAGACACGCUGGAGCGCUUUAACCACCUCUUCACACUCCGAGACAAGUGGACAGAAGACGACAUCACGCCAUACAUACAGGACCUGUGUGGAGAGAAACAGACCACCGGAGCUCUACUGACCAAAUAUGCUAGAUCCUCAAUGCAAAAUGGGAUCAAGGUCUUCAACUCCAGAAGGCCUGUUGCGACAUGAACUGUCAAAUUCUUGAUUUACAUUUCAAAAUGAAUGCGGCUAUGUGUAUUCCCAGAGUGACUUUUGUAAUUGUGCAAAUGAUUUGACUCAUAAUUGUCCUUAAAAUGCCUUGUUAGCAUUGUCAACUAUCUUGCAGCAGUUUAACAAGCUAGCCUGGAAAGUGAUGAUAAAUAAAACAUAACUACAUAAAAUGAAGAUGUUUAAAAAGUCACUAAAACCAAAAAUGUUUGUUAUUUCAGUUUUUGUUUUGUGUAUAUAUAAAAAAGAAAAUGCUACAUGUUCGUAAUAAAAGAAGUU